CAGCAUCUUUUUCCUGAGGCCGCAAAGUAAAGAGGAGCGAGCGAGCUAAGCUCAGAGAGUAAAACCUGCGUGGGAUUGAGGAGCGCGAUGACAGCUUCUCUUUAGAAAUGGUUCCCUCCCAGUCCCUAGAUGGAGCCGAAAGGCGCCCAUAUUUAGAAGGGGAGGAGACUGAAGCCCAACCCUGGGGGCGGCCUUGCUGCGAGGAUUUCCUCCAACCCGCAGCUGAAGCUGCAAAGCCCGCCUAUAACGGCUGGGAGAGGCGCAGCCCCGGGCUGCUGCAGAAAAGAAGAGGCUGGAGCUUGUUAAAUCGUCCGCGCCAGAUUACAGAAGAGAUCGGAAUAUUGACCACUAAUCAGCUGAAACUAAGGCUCCAAAACAAUUUACUAUGGCAGAGAUGAAGUCUGCAUAUUUUUUAAAAAUGAAAUCCAAAGGAAUCUUAAAAGAUCAUGCUAUCAGAAUUCCGCAUAAGACUGGAUCUCUUGUUCCUCCUUCUAAGCUUCUAUACAGUAAGCUCUCAAAGUUGUAGCUUGCCAACAGAGGCAGCAUCAGGUUCUAUGAUGAUACAUUCCUGCCCAGAAAGAAUGUCUAAUGAUAGUCGGAGAAUGGAUGAGCAGGAGCAAGAAGAAUGGGGAAAAUUAAACAAGUUAUUAAGGCAACAUGGCUUAAAACCUGUGUACCUUGAUAAACCUGGAACUAGCAGAAACAUAGCAGAUAGGAUUGUUAUGGACAGACAGACUUCGCAAGCAAUACGAUAUGCAUUGAGAUCAUUAAUGGAAGAAACAGAGCGUCAACGUAAAAUAGUUCGUGGCUUGAUAGAAGAAAAUCGGCAAAUUAGAGAUGAACUACGUUUAGAACGAAGUCGGGCUUCUCGGCAGGAACAACGAGCCAAUGAGCUCGACAUCAUUGUGGAAAACGUCAAACAGAAAAUCUGUCAGCUGGAAGAUAAGUCUAUAGCUCAUGCUUGUGAGCAGCAGAACCAAGUCAAGGAGCUUCAGAAAGAUCAGCAAGCUUCACAGGACCAUUCUGCCUUCUGUGAUUCCUUUGUGUUCUGCUUGCAGGCAAAGAAUCAGCAACAGAUCGACAAGCUCCGAGAGCAAGAAGAGACUAUUGCCCGUUUGGAAAAAGAGCUUAAAAAGAUGGACAUGGAGGAGGAGGAGCGUUUGGCUACACAGAAAAAAAUAUUCCGGCAGUUCUGCAAACAGGCUCCAAGAACCCACUUGGAUCAGCAGAUUUGUUCUUUAAUUGACCAUUAUGAGUCUCAGAUCAAGCAAGUGAGAAAAGAAUUAAGGAGAUAUAACACAGAGCCUGAUCAUACACAAGGAGAAGGGAAAAAUGAGGAAGAAUUCUUGAAGGACAUAGAUGCCACUCCAAAUUACAGAGCCCUACUCAUGUCUUUCCAGACUCAGAUAAUCGAAACAAAAGCCAGAAAUGAACAGCUGUUACGUGAAAAUACAAAUCUCAGGAAAGAGAUGGAAAUCAGACCAACUGUGCAAGAGUUAAAAUUUUACAAACACCAAGUGAAGAAGCUGGAGAAAGCGCUGAAGAAUAUCAAAUCCCAUGAGAUUGAUGAAGAAGAAAGCAUGAAAGAAAACAGAGAAUGUAAAAGUACUACAGGAGGGGUACUGCAGGAAACCUGCAGGAAAUACUUGCAGGUGUUGUCCAGCAUUGACGCUAUUAUAAGAAGCCCAAGAAGAGCUCCGUUGGUCACGCAUUUGCAGCGGAAAGGGUUGCCACAAAGCUGCCCUAAAGGGGAUGAGCAGGAAUGUGGAUUUGAGCACCUUCCUCUUACAGUUGAGAUGUGGGCUGACCAGCUAAUGGCCCUAAAGACUUUGCAUAGGUCCCUGAAAAAAUUGUUUCUGCAGCUAGUGCCUUGGUGUAUGGUCACGGUGCAGGAUAACAGUGAAUAUAUUAGAGUUGAAGACCUUCAGCUCAUGGUAGAUGAAAUCUCCGAAGAAGUAGUAAAUAAAGAAAAGAGAAGUUGUGUGCCUUCACAAGAAGCUUUGUAUGCAAUGGUGUCUCACUUUCAAAAGCUCUUUGAUGUGAAAUCUAUUAAUGGAAUUUAUCCUCGCAUGAAUGAAGUUUAUACAAAACUUGGCGAAAUGAUCAAUGCUAUGAGAAACCUCUGUGAUCUUUUAGAACUAGAUACUUCUGCCCCACCCAGUGUCCUGGUCAACAGGGUUGGAAAGCUAUGCAGUCUGCUCAAUGAGAAUGUGUCCCAGCAGGUAGAGCAGUUGCUGGGCACCCCUGACAUCCAAAGCAUUGUCGACGAGUUAAAAGAACAUGAUAACUUUUUCCAAGCAUUUAAAGGUCUUAUUGAAGACUUGCUUCAUAUUCUAGAGGUCAGAAAUCUGACAGAUAUAGUACCUGCUGUGCAGAAGCUGAAAUGGAAAGCCUGAUGAUUAUGUAAGCCAUGUCUCAACUUAAUACUUACCUACCUCUCUCUCUCUGUGUGUAUAGCUGUUGAAUAAAAGGUUUUAUCUAUUGAAA